UCAGUCCGUCUAUCCCAAUGUGGCCAUUCUCUUCCUCCGCUGCUCCUUCCACUGCUCCAGCACAAGCUCAGCAACAUCCUUCCGCAGCAGCUUCUGCGGAUCAGUGUCCGGUGGAUCACACCACUCGCCAAGCAUGGCUCGCGAACAAUCCAUCCACACCUCAUCCUUUCCACCCGCCUACUUCUGAAGGAUCUUCAUCGUCUGCUUCUGCAGGGCUUUCGCAGUCAAGGGUUAUUUCUUCUAUACCCAGAGGGUCGACACCCUCUUCUCCUUCUCCCGCUCCUCCUGCUUCUGCCUCCGCCUCCGCCUCCGCCGCCGCCGGACCUUCAUCAGGCCCAAGCAGUUUCACUGCUGAUGCUGGAUCGGGCCAUGCUCAACCGCAGCAAGAUGCGAAUGGCAACUGGGUCUAUCCUUCUGAACAACAGUUCUUUAACGCCAUGCUCCGUAAAAAACAUAAUCCCCAUCCGCAAGAUAUGCGGACCAUCGUGCCGAUUCAUAAUGCGGUAAACGAAAAGGCUUGGGAGGAGAUUUUGAAGUGGGAAUGUCAUUGGCCGAGUGAGAGAUGUGGAGGACCGAGGCUGGUCAGUUUUGUGGGGAGACCGAAGGAGAGAACACCCAAGGCUUGGGUGAAGACGGCUUUGGGCUACACACCACCAUUCGACAGACACGAUUGGAUAGUAGACCGGUGUGGAACCCAUGUCCGCUACGUUAUUGAUUUCUACACUGGUCGACAGACGGAAGGUCCCGGGAAGAUGGCUUUUUACCUGGAUGUGAGGCCGGCGGUCGAUGACUGGGAAGGGAUCAAGACGAGGGUUAAGGGGUGGUGGAGCUGAGGUGGACGAGGUUGGGCGUAAGUCAGGAGCGUAGAUUGGAGAGGAGAGUGAUAUGAACUGCCGGGUAGAGGUAAGGGUAAGGGGGCUAUGUGGAGGUCGUAGGUAGGCAAGUUUUAGAUGAUACAGCACACUUCCUUAUUUUCGAGAAGACGUCCAUCGUUUCGUUCACUCAGUUUCAAGAGGAUUUUUCUUUUAUUUUUCUUUUCUUUUCCUCGAUUACGGAUCGUAUGUGUAAGAUUGCAGGGCCAAGUUCUGUACGGACGGGGUCGUAUCGAAUGGGCCCGUCUUUUGUGUUAAUCUGGAAGUAGACUCGACUAUUUUCGUUAUCUUCAUUGCGUAAACUCUGGCACUACGUAGCUCGAUUUCAAAAUAGGGCCAUCUAUCGACAAGGGUAUCGUCCGUAUUGUACAGCAGCUUUAAGGUACUAUCCACUUUAUUCAAAUGCCUUUUAUACACAGAAGAUUGGCCAAUGAUGAACGAAAAGUAUGCUAAUUAUAAGCAAGAUAAAGAUCCAGUCUCAGGGGACUUUG